AGAACUUGGUUUAUUUUCUAAUUCAAACCGCAAUAUAGAACUAGAAGUGCUCGAAAACUUUAAUCACCAAAUUUAUAUUCAACAAAUUAAAGCAAAAGCCUAUCAUUACUUGCCUCAGAAUUUUUUAUCAUCCUUAGAUUUGAUUACUCAAACUAACAUUGAAAAAACUGGAACUUUGAGUCACUAUAAUUUUACAGUUCAAGAGGCGUUAGAUUUUCAUGCAAUGUCUGGUGGAUUAAUCGAUCAUAUU